AUGGACUCUGAUUCCAUCGUCAACCAGCCCGAGGCUCCUUUGAGUCCAGAGUCAAUGCUCUCGGAUGCGACUGCUAUCCCGAUCGCUUCGCCAAGCUCAGCCGGCCAGAAGCGUAGCCCAUCCCCGGCCAACGAUGAGCCUUCAAAGCGUGCGAAGACAGACGAGGAUUCCGCCGAAUCUAGCGAUGACGACCAGCAACUGGACAACGAGAAUGAGGAACCUGGAGUCGACAUCGCCGCCGAAGCUGAAGAAGCCCGGGGGAUCAACGAGUCGCCCGAUGACAAUACGGAAGAUGCCUCCACAGUUCGUCUUCCAUAUGGGUUCCCACCCAUUUCUCGCGGUACGAUGCAGGAACUCAAGGAGUGGCUCUCAAGCCAUGCCAAUGUCAAUCCCGACAACCAUGUCGCUACGGGGAUCCACAUCCAGCUCUUGAAACCAAUGGAGCCUGAAGAACAAGACAUGGAGGAGAUUUGCGACAUGAUGGGUGUUGAAACUGACGGUAUCAAUUGGAGCGAAGGCAUCCACGUUCCGGGAGUCAUGGGCCGUGGACGAAAAGCCAGGCCUCAUCAACUUGCUGGUGCAAACUGGAUCUCAAGCGCUCUGGAAUCUCCCCUUCGCGCUGCACUCUUGGCGGAUGAGUGUGGAACUGGGAAGACGGUACAGAUUGGCCUCGCACUGGCUCUUCAUUAUUACCGUGUGAAGGCUGAAGUCGAGGCGGGAACUUUUAGGCCUCGGGAUGAGAACCGAAGGUUCAAACCCAGUAUCAUCCUGUGCCCUGCCGACCUCGCGUACCAAACCUUCAACGAGUGGUCUCGCUGGUUUCCAAACUUCUUCAAAAUCCGCAUUUGCCAUCGCACUACAUACCUCACACGCGAUCACUUCACCAGAAUGCACAUAAUGCCUCACAAGAAUGGUCUGCAAAACUGGGUCAAUGAGAAUGCUGCGUCCCAUGAAGAUAUCGAGACCCUUCGAAGCAUCGCGAUUGUCCCCUACUUUACAGCAAUGAGGCGAAUGAUAUUGCGCAGAGGAAGAGAAGAUGGUGGCAAUGCUGAGGAUGGCAAUGCCAAUGGCGAAGAUGACGCGACCAAUGGAGAUGACCGCGAUACCGAUGCCGAUGACUCUGACGAUGAGGUAGGUAGUCAAGCGCAAGUUGGGCCCAAGGGGAAGAAGCGAAAGACCACCGCAAAGGAGAAGAUCGACUUCAAGGUCACUGGACAAAGUUACAACUGGAUUAUUUGCGACGACGUCUACCCGAUACGAGGCCCUCGUCCCCUGACACACAAGCUGAUUCACCAACUUGAGCACGAAGCGACACUUUGGCCGUUUGUCUUUGCCAAUACCGAAGGUGGUAUCAAAGCUGAGGUGUAUUUUGACAAGGACGCCUGGCCCACUAUCAGAGAUGGGGGAGAGUUUGGAGGCUUGACCAUCGAUCACAUUAUUCAGCCAGAUCAUGAGCUUGAUCCGUCAACCGCCCGUAACAAGCUCAUCAGGAACGAAUACAUCAGGUAUAUCCGCGAAAAGACAGGGCCAUUGUUUCUCAUGAACCCCGACCUCUUCCAGGCGUUUCGCGAGAUCAAGUUCGAGCGGCCUGAGAUGGCACGAGAGGCUAUUCGACCUCUUUUGGAAAUGUUUUGUCUUCGUCGCGGGAUGUUGACACCAGCUAUCAUGCCCGACGGUACUUCCGUUGUCCCAGGCGAGGGUAUCCCCCAAAUGUGUAUCCGAACAGUCAUCCUUCGGUCCUGCAACGACCAUGACCAGCAGGACUUGUACCAGAUUGCGAAGCAUCACUAUCCUGAUCUCACCUCAGCAUCAAAUGAGGAUGACGAGCACAUUGGACAUGGUACGAUCGACAAAGCCAAGCUCACGUGGGUAAACCCGGCUGUCCUACGAACACUGGCUCUGUCGACAACUAACGUGGAGUUCUGGCCGCUCACCCAGAAGAGAGGCGAGGAUGGAAAAACCACGUUCCUUAACUCCAAGCCUAUUCAGAACUUGCUGAACAAGCCAUCUCGCUUCGAGAGACUCCAGUCUUUUAGUCUCCCUGGAGCAGCCGCUCCUAACGCCGCCCCCACCGCUGCUGCUGACUCGGAAAACAUCGAAGAGGCUCUUUGGAAAGAUGGAGUGGGCGGCUUGAAAUGGUACUUUGGCCAAUUGAAGCUUGCCUAUGGCGAUGAUUUGGAAUUCCCUUUGGUCCGCGAGGACAUCCCAAAGACAUUUUGUUCACGAAGCCCCAAGCUUUGUUGGACGAUUAACCGGGUCCUGGAGCUCAAGGCACUGGGGAAGCGAGUUUUGAUCUUCGUCAAUCAUCCGCUGACCUCGACGAUCUUGACUGCAAUACUUACAAGUCUUUGUGUCGAGACUCUCAACAUCCGCAGUAGCCACACCGUAGAUAAGCGUGCUCAGAUGGUUCGAGAGUUCACCAAUCCUCAGAACCGAGCUGAAGCCUUGGUUAUGUCGUUCCAGAUUGGUGGGUUCGGUCUGAACCUCCAAGGAGCCUGCCAUCAUGGCAUCAUCGUCGAGUAUCCAGACAACUUGCCUACGAUGCUGCAUGCGUUUGGUCGUCUCUGGCGAAUGGGGCAGGAACGCGAGGUUCACUGGGACGUUUUGUACCUCGAGAAGUCAUUUGAUGGCUGGACUGAAUCACGUAUGGCGUCGAAGUAUGCUGAUAUCCUCGCGGCAGAGGGAGACAUUCCUGACUUGAUUGUCGGGGAAUACCGUAUCAUCUGCGGUUUUGAGCUCAUCAAACGAUAUCUCGGACAGGACAGUAAUCGCUACCCCAGAACUCGCGUCACCUGGUCUGAGCAGGAUCACCCCCUUGUGGCUCGCGAGGGCCACUUCUACUCAGCAGUAGCCCAGUAUCUGACGCAGAACCCCCGGCAUAUUACGAAGUUUCAAGGUAGAGACCUCUACAAGAUCGCACGUCGCUGGACUCCAGAGCAUGGAGACUUGACCCUUGACAUGAUUGAAGGGAGGUCUCCGGUCUUGGUGAAUGGGGUUAUCUUGGACUCACGAAACCCCUUCACUCCUGGCUAUGUUGCAGUCGUGGAGACUGGUAAUCUUUACCGUGACCUCGUACAGCGUGACGAGAUUCAGUCUAACUUGGCGGUUGAUAGAAAACGGUUGGAACUCGAACGGCGGCGACGAGUGGGAAGCUUGGGGUACAUGAAUGGUUAG